AUGACCACGGAUCUUAGUUCAGCCACAGCGAUCGCGCUCUCAAACCCCGAUCUCCUCUUCGCGCUUUUCGAGCACCUUGCUCUGUUCUCACAUGGAGACCUCUUGAAGCCCGGCGAUAUUUCUUCUCAGCGCUUUUCGAGGGAGUCGUAUCUACGCAGGCAGACCCUCAUAAAUGCCGCCUUGACCUGCAGAAGCUUCGCGGAACCCGCGUCGAGCGUACUUUGGCGAGUCCUGUACCCCGGCCUCCACCCUCUUUUCUACCCCUUCCCGGGGUUUAACAAGACCGCUGGAGUCCUAGAGUCCCCAGAGAUUGACGAUGCGGAGCAACUGUAUAUCUCCCCCAUUCCAAACCACGUUCUCGAAAGAGAGCCAUCUUUUGCAGAGUGGGAAAGGUGGAAGAUAUGCGUCCGCAGGGUACGGUGUAUUAACCUCAAGAACACCCGUGCAGCGUUUUUCGACGAGCCGUUCAUCCCCCUCCUCCUACAUGCGAGCGCUGGGGUACCUAUCCUCCCUUCCGUUCAGUCCAUCGCCUUCAAUGAACCCCGCGGAAACACCGUUCAAUCGCAGCUUCUCUGUGCCCUCGUAGGCCCCGCUUUGUCGACAAUAUCCGUGUACAACGCGACGCCGCAUGCCUACAGCACACACAUACUAGACGACAUGGAGGCGAUAUCGAGGUCGUGCGACAACGUACAGCACAUGCUCAUCUACUCAGAGGUUAGAUCGCUCUCCCAAAACUGGCCACUCAUCCGUUUCCCCAGGCUGCACACACUGUACUUCGACUGCCUGUCUUGGUUUCCUUGUCGGUCCAUGACCUCUCAACUCGGCGCUCUCAAGGAACUGGAGGAACUCGACAUAUCAUAUGAAUUCACCUCGAGCAACGCUCAGAGCAUGGCAGCUCUAGAAGACCCAUCUCCCACCACCCCCAAUGCCUUCCCCGCCCUGCGCAAACUACAUCUCACGGCGUCAACGUUCCAAGCCGGGCAGAUCAUCUCUUCCAUCAGCUCUACUUCGCUGCAGGAGGUCCGCAUCAGCACCUAUCAGCCCGUAUUUCGAGCCGAUGUCACUCCGUUAAUGCAGGCGUUCCCCUGGAAGCAAAACGCGUCGUCGCUCCGCCGGCUCGACCUCAGCAACACCACAAAUUGGGACACGCUCAAUACAAGCCCGGGCGACCCCUUCUAUGCCGCGCUCUUCGACAUGUUCGCGCCGCUCGCCGAACUGCACGCCCUCGAGUACGUCGAGAUCUCCUGCUGGAGCAGGCUUCUGUCCGUUUCCGACGCCGACGUCGCACGGAUGGCCCGCUCGUGGCCAAACCUCCAGCGUAUCGUCAUUGCCUACUCCAUCGUCCCCUUCGAGCCCGCCGAGCCCCCCAUCUGGGACCCGUACGGCCUGCAGGUCGCGCGGCCCUCCCUCUCUGCCCUCGUCGAACUCGCCGAGCGCUGCCCCGCCCUGUUCUACUGCGAGAUCCCCGCCGCGGACGUGUCCGAGUCGGAGCUCACCGCGCUAGAGGCGCGCGUCGCCGAGCCCCGCGACCGCCCACGGCAGACGAGCUUGCGCAGCCUGCUCCCCGCGCGCGGCGCGCACUGCGACCACUUCACGCUCUGCGACGUCGACCGGGUCGCGCGCGCGCUGCUUGCGCUCUUUCCGUCCCUCUACGGCGUCGGCAGGACCACCCGGAGACCGUCGCUCGAGUCGGGGAGGCCGUCGCGAUAUUCGUGGAGCGGACAGCAGAGGGAUUCGGACGGCUUCCGGCUGCUCGAGAGGCUCUUUGAACUUUCAGAGCAGGUGGAAAACUUCGACGAGUAA